AUGCCUUCAACUUGUACCUCAAUCAUCAACCUGCGCUACCAGGAUGGCAGUGAGGGGAGCGCCAGCAACCCUGCCAAGUUCAACAACCAGGACUUUGCCCAUCUGAAGGACACAUACUCCCGCAGAGGGAGGCUGUAUGUGGAUGACACCUUCCCACCUGAUAACCGCUCUCUGGGAGACCUGCCCGGUAUGCCCAGCUGGCGUGAAGAUCAAGUGGAAUGGCUUCGUCCAGCUGUAAGUACAACCAUUUUCCAAAUAUUUUCCAAUAUUUUAUGUCUAUUCAUGAAAUAUGACAUUAAUGGAUGUAUGUAUUUCCUCCAAUGUAUUAUCCAGGAUCUCUUGAAGAAACAAGGCAUCACUGAUGAGCCUGUUUUCUGCACCAAAGGCGCUUCCAGGUUUGACUUUGGCCAAGGCCAAGUUGGUAAGAAACUCAAUGAAUCACGAAAAACAAAAGAAGGAAAAAAGCUGAAUACUUUUCUAGUUGAAAAUUUGAAUCUUUUAACGUACUUGACACAAUCCUUAUUUCUCUUCAUUUUUCAGGUAACUGCUGGUUUCUGGCUGCAAUUUCUUCCCUGACUUUCCAUAAAUCCUUGAUGGUGCAGGUUGUGCCCAUGGAUCAGUCCUUCAAGGGCUAUGCAGGAGUCUUUCACUUCAGGGUAAAAGAUUCACAGUAUCAAUACCUUCACAAUGAAUCUGCUCAAUGAGUUUGGUUUGCAUCUUACCUGUUUUUCUUCUCCGUCUUUUCUCCAUCAGUUCUGGAGGUUUGGCAAGUGGGUGGAUGUUGUCAUUGACGACCACCUGCCUGUCAUUGACGGCAGGUUGCUGUCAGUGAGCUCCAAGAGUGGCAAUGAGUUCUGGGCUCCUCUGAUGGAGAAAGCAUACGCCAAGUAUGAAACUAAUUCACUCACUCAGAUUUGACAUAAAUGAAGGCUUCAGCUGACUGAAGUGUUUGUUAACCUGUGAGUUAACCUCAGAUGAAUACUUUCUUUUGACAGCAGCAUUUGUGAACAGUAUUUUUCACUGUGUCCCUCAGGGUGUGCGGUUCAUACGCAGACAUGCACGCUGGUCUGUCAUCAGAGGCCUGCAAGGACUUCUGUGGAGGCAUAGCCAUGACUUACGAGCUCAAAACAGUCCAUAGUCAUGGCCAUGAUUCCAAGAUGUGGGACUCACUCAGCAAUGCCUCUGGCUGCAACUCAAUGAUUUGCUGUGGGACUCCCUCAAAAGAUGUAAGAACCAUUCUUUUAGAGGUUAAACUCGAAUGAAAACUAAUCUUUGGAAGGAUUUAACUCUUUUGUCUGUUUCAGGGUAGGGUGGUAAACUCCGUGGCCGACACUGGACUGGUGGCUUCUCAUGCCUACUCUGUCACAGCUGUCACUACGGUGAGACAAAAUCAUGAGUGCACAAAUGUUAAGAGUUGAAAUAAGAAAGGGGUUUGAUUUCUGACAAGAUUUUGAAGAGUAAUCAUGUUGCACUUGCUAAUUUGGGAAUUUUCUCACAUCUGUAGGUUGAAUAUUAUGGUACCAAAGUGAUGCUGGUGAGAAUCAUGAACCCUUGGGGCCAAACAGAGUGGAACGGAGACUGGAGCGACAAGUAAGAAAAAUCAUUCUUCUAUCAACAUUUAAUAAAAAUGUAGCUUGUACUGCACUGCUAGUAAAGACAUUUUUUUUCAAAUGAGAAGAGAAAUAAUGGAAAUGUCUGUUGGUUAAUUUGAUGUUCUUGUGUGCUCAGGUCAGACAAGUGGAACGGUGUGACCCCAGAGGAUCGCGAGAGAUGUUUUGACCGUGAUGAUGGGGAGUUCUGGUAAAUAUGAUAAAUGAAAAAUACAAUAUGAACUAGAAAGAAAGUUUUUAUGACAGAUUUGAGGUCCAAAAUUUUGAGAAAUAUAACUUCCCCUUCUAUGGUGAGCUUGUGGUGUGUUCACAGCACUACCAGGGGUCAGAAAAAAUAAGGGUAUCUUGAAAAUUAAAAGAGUAUGAAGUAUCAAGUGCAGAAAAACUAAAAGCAACAUAAUCGCUUUUCCAUUGUAAUCCAAUGUAAGUUGCAUUUUUCAAUAUUUUCACAUUUUUCUGAACUGUCCUCUUCUCUUUCUCCUGCCUGUAUCUGUUAGGAUGGAGUUGGGGGACUUCUGUCGCUACUUCCUGUUGCUGUUUAUCUGCUGUGAGAACCCCAACUUCAUUGAUGGAGACCUCUCAUGCCAGUGGCAGUGCAUGAUUUAUGAUGGCAGCUGGGACGCAGGAAGUACUGCAGGCGGCCCCCGUUCUCAAUGUGAGCCCAAUUUAUGCUCCUGCUUUCAACCAUGACCAUAACCUUUUUAUUUCUUUAUCAAAAAAAAUGUACAGUAUACAAAACAUUAAACUGCCUUUUAUAUGUUUCUUAUCCACUGUAGAUAGCUUUCACACAAACCCCCAGUACCGCAUCCAGGUCACUAAAAUCGACAAAACUGAGAAGGACGACAAGAACAUUUACCUGUCCCUGAUGCAGAAACCUAAGGUGCAGAAUCGCAGAAAGCAGAGUGAGAGAUCCUACCCAAUUGCAUUCAGCGUCUACAAGGUAAGCAUCCCCAGUUAUGUUCGAUUGUACAGAUUUAAACAUCAAGCUACUUUAAGUAUUUGAAACACAAAUAAAAGAAAAGGGGUAAUAUUCAUGUACUGAUAUUCUCCCUGUUUCACAUUCAACAGGUUCCAGAGGGGGUAAGAGCAAACCUCACACUCUAUCUGUGCACACCAAGCUUAUCUUCAUUGACACAAUCAGAAUAAUGUGACAUAAACCCCUGAUAAAAUAAGGAUCUGUACUGUUUUUAGACACGACCAGGUCGCCUGCCACGCGCCUUCUUUGACAACAACAGGUCCAUCGGUGAUGUACAGAACUACACAUACAGCAGAGAGAUGGUUGAGGGGUUUAGCCUGGAACCCGCUGAGUACGUGAUCGUCCCCUUCACAAUGAAGCCCUACAUGAGCGCAGACUUCGUUCUGACAGUCUACUCCAAGUCUGAGGCCAAGAUCACGUAAGGACUGAGUGAUAUUUCUAAGAAUACUGUUAAAUAAAAAGCUUAAAAUUUCUCCUAAAAUCAGAGAGGCUGAAAACUCCUGGAAACUUAUUUGUCUCUCAUUCUGCUCUUCAUCCAGUCCCCACGAUAAACAUGACCAUGACCAUGACCAUGACCACGACCAUGACCACGACCAUGACCACGACCACGACCACAAAAAGGAUGACGAGAAGCUGAUCCUUCCUGAAGUACGUUGAAUUUCAACAAUUCUGAAUGUUUAUCUUUCAGUCAAAAAGCUCAGCUCAGAGUCUGACUAAAUGGCUGUUUAUCUUUAGAGACCAGAUGAGAAGAAAGACGAUGGUGGGGCGAAGGAUUCAAUUCAUGCCCUUUUCAGCCGCUAUGCUGAUCAGGUUUGUUAUUUUUCUGAUAUUACGAACGCCAUCAAAUCUUACUCUCUUCGUUUCUUCUGUUUCUUUUUUGCCUAUUUGUGGUUUUAGUCCUGAAUCUUUUUAUUUCUGUGUUAUAAAAGAGAGGUGAACUGAGUGCUUUCCAGCUUCGCAAACUUAUGAAUGAGCAGUUCCCUCACGGUAAGACAAUUGAUAACAUACACUCUUCAAAUAUGAAUCAUAACCUCAUGCCUCUGAGUUAACAACAAGUUCACUGUUUCUCUAUGAAUAAUUCACAGGAUCCAAGUAUGGCUUUGGAUUUGACACCUGCAGGAGUAUGAUUGCCUUAGUGGAUGUAUCCUUCUGAGACAAAAAAGUUAAAUGUUUAAUGUUACCUAAUGAUUCACCUAACAAGGUCGCACUAUUUAUCAAAAUGAAGUUGCACUAUUUUGAUCUGUGUAAAGCAAAAAUAUGUUAUUUCUGUUCAUAAUGAGAGUUCCUUAACAUGCAAAGACCGACAAAAACAGGAGGAUGACCAUCACUGAAUUCAGGGCCCUCUGGACAAAAGUACAGGAAUACAAGGUACUUUUACCAUUUAUACAAGUUUGGUGCGAAUACAUAUAUAAACCCCUCGAGUACAACAUAUAAACCACUUUCCUGCAGAUAUCCACCUGAAGACUGACAUGUACUUGGAAGUGUUUUUAGUUGCUAAAUGUAGAUGAAUCUUCUUUGCAGAAACACUUUGAGCGUGCUGAUCUGAACAACAACGGCACUCUGUCUGACUAUGAGGUCCAGAAGGCCAUAGAAGCUGCAGGUAAUACUAUUUAUCAGUGAAACACACAAAAUAACCUUUAUUAAAGUGCUUCAAAUUGACCAAUCUAACAAUUCUUUCUCUGUGUAUCCGCAUCAGGACUGAGCACCAACGACACCAUGGUCAGGUUGUACGUCUACCGCUACUCAGGCUACUCUUCCACCACCCUAGAGGACUUCAUCACCAUCAUGUUGCGCCUGGAGAAGACAACAAGUGAGUUCCAUGACAACCACUGAUUUGAUCAAUUUGAAAUCCACCUGGGGUACUGACUUGUGUAGGGGUAGUGAAAACCGGCAUGCUCCACCAAUAUAUGUACUCUCACAACAAUUAUUUAAGUAACAUGGCUACAUGCUGCACUGACAUGCAAAGACAACUACCAGCAGCUUGUUGCAACACAGCCAAACAGUUGCUUUGGACAGCUUUCAUACCCCUGAUGUUGACAACUUAUAGUUCAUGGCACCCCUUUAAUACUGCUAAUGAUAGGUUUUUCUGCUUCAGUCUUUGUAUAUCAUAUACAAUUGGGUUUUUAAGAAUAAUGAAAAAGAAGACUUUUUAAAAAAAUCAUUUCUUUACAGACAUCUUCAACGACAAAGCUUCUGAUGGAGUGAUCCACCUGACCUGGGAUGAGGUAAGUCAAUCUUUAACUAGUGCCAACUACUGGUGUAUCAUUUCCUUUUCUCAAAGCAUUAGACACAAAGACAUAUAACAUGCAGCAGAAAGCUUCUGGUGUAGAAAACAUCCCCUUUGUGUGAUCAUUUUUAGUAUAUUCUGUAACAAAAGAGGUGUAAACUCUCAAUGUGAACUCUCAAUAAGUUCUGUAUUUUCAAUCUUUUUAAAAUUCAUUUAAUUGAAAAUUUCAGCAGGUUUUCACAUAUCUUUAAGAUUCUAACAGUUUUGAAAACUGCCUUUUCUUUUGUUUCAGUGGUCCAGCAACUUCAUGUACAACUAAAGCUGAGCCGACUCAGAAGCACAGGAGACGCAGACAAGAGAAGAGUCCUGCGACUAAACACUGCUUUCACUCAAUUUUAAUGUCUCCCUGUGCACAAACCUCGA